AAAAAAACCAUGAGGGACAAAAGUUGGUAAAACUUAAGUAAAGAGCAAUGGGUUUUUGUUGGUUUUUGUAGGUAUCAAUACUGAGUGUUAUUAUUGUUAAAAUGAAACCAAGGAAAAUCUCCAAAGUCACUAGAAAACGGGUCUUUGCGGAAUUUGUCAAUUCAAGGCGCUUAGGUGCUUCAGAUCCCAACGAUGACCAUCAAAUAACCCUGUCCUGGUUGUGUUGUGAUGAAACAUUUAAUGUCGCUGCUGAGAUUCAUAAACAUGUUGCAAAAGAACAUGGUGAGAUUGUAAACCAAGCCACAACCCUCGAACUGCAGAAGGUCAAACAAGAUAGUAAAUGUCAGAGACUUUUACAGGACAGAAGUGAAGUUGCAACAAUAAGAUUUGAGCAGGGAGAGUUGUCACUAAGAAGAGGUUCGCAAGAUUUGCAAUAUGACGAAAAAGACCGAAGUGGUGAUUUGGAGUCGUCGAAGAAACAAAAGACGCAAAAUGAGAACUCAGUGACAGAAACAGAAAGCCACAAGGACACAGAAGUGUGUGAGAAAUAUAGGGAAACGUUGCCUUGGCUACCGAGUGAGGAAGAUUGCCAACAUUUAGACAAGAACGGAGAAGGACAAAUUUUACUGUAUUAUAGAUAUGUUGACAUUGAAAAACCUGAAGAAAUUGCUGAGUGGCAGAGGGUUUUAUGUCAGAGGUUACAUCUAGCAGGAAAGAUUCGUCUUGCCACUGAGGGGCUUAAUGGAACUGUUGGAGGAUCUGUAGAAGCUACCAAUCUGUACAUCAAGGCUGUUAGAAACCAUCCUCUAUUUAUUGAAAUGACUGCUUUGGAUUUCAAGAAAAGCAGAGGUGAUUCUAGCCACUUCCCAAAGGGUUUGAAGGUGGGUGUUCACCAGGAGAUUGUGCCCAUGGGAGUUGACCCCAACACGCUCAGCUACAGACAAGCAGGAGAACAUUUAACACCCGAAGAAUUUCAUCGAGAACUAGACCAUGAACUUCAAUCUCAGAGUGGUGGAAAAGAGGACACCACCUUAUUGUUGGAUUGUCGAAACUUCUAUGAGAGCAAGAUAGGCCAGUUUAAAGGUGCUGUGACUCCUAACAUACGGAAGUUCAGCUACUGGCCCGAGUAUGUGGACAAGAACCUGGACUUGUUUCAAGACAAGAGGGUUAUUAUGUACUGCACUGGGGGCAUCAGAUGUGAACGGGGCUCUGCCUAUUUGAAAUCAAAGGGUGUCUGCAAGGAGAUACUACAGCUCAAGGGAGGGGUGCACAACUACCUUGAUCAGUAUCCUGAUGGUCACUUCAGAGGAAAGCUCUUUGUGUUCGAUGAUCGAUACGCUAUCAGUACCAAUCAGGAUGUUGUCUCAAAUUGUUUCCACUGUGACCAGCCGUGGGACGAGUACCAGCCCUGCUCCAGCACCCACUGCCAUCAGUACGUCCUUUCAUGCCCAGCGUGCAGAGCCAGUGAUCUGACGUCAUGCUGUAAACUGUGUGGAGAACUCAACGAUCGAGCGGAAAAACAGAAAUCCAAGACCAAAGAGGAAUGUCUGUGCACCAGGAGGCGAGAGCGAAUUCCUGAGGAGAAGUAAGUCUGGAGAUCAAUUCCGUUAAAUAGCUGUUUGUAAACACAUCAACUUCCUUAGCUGAAUAACAAAUCUGGCCAGAGACUUUUGCCUGUGAUUCUUUUCACACAUCUCGAGUAUUCAGUGCUAACACACAUCGGUGUAAAGGUAAAACCAAAAUUAAAAUUCCUUAUUAAGCCUUGGCCACUAGUCAAACUUACUAUUCCACUAGUCGCGCCUCAAAUAGUUGCGACUUCGACACUAGUCUCGGUUAAUUUUUAAUUCCCAUGAUGCAUUGCGGCAUAAUGUUUGACGCAGGCGCAAUAAA